UACGUCGUGCUAUAAGUAGCUGCGCGCUGGCUGCAACUACACAUCAAAGUUGAUAGGCGAAGAUGAAGCUUGUGGUUGUGCUCUCGGCUCUGCUCCUGCUUUCCCUCGCGGCCGUCUCCUCGGCGGAAGAAUUCGAUUUCUUCUACCUUGUUCAGCAAUGGCCUGGGUCGUUCUGUGACACGAAGACAGGGUGCUGCUUCCCGGACACCGGCAAGCCGGCGACGGACUUCAGCAUCCACGGGAUGUGGCCCAACUACGCCAAGUGCAAGACCCAAGGCGAGCUCGACGGCGUCAUCGAGAUGGUGACCAAGGGGAAGAAGAAGUGCUGGCCGGAGUUCUGCAACAGCGAGCCCCUGCAGCUGUGGGAGAUCAAGGACCUGGUGAAGGAGCUGGACGCCAACUGGCCGACGCUGGCGUGCAAGGGCGGGAAGAGCAUCGAGUUCUGGAGCCACGAGUGGGAGAAGCACGGCACCUGCUCCGACCUGGGCCAGCACGGCUACUUCGCGGCUGCGCUCGGGCUCAAGGCCCGUCACAACCUCACCGCCGUCCUCGCCGACACCGGGAUCGUGCCGUCGGACAGCGAGACUUACUCCCUGAGUAGCAUCAAUGACGCCAUCAAGGAAGGCACCGGAUUCGCGGCGAAACUGGAGUGCAACCGGGGCGUCGCCGGCGAGGUGCAGCUGUACCAGGUGUACCAGUGCGUCGACCGCUCAGGGGAGAACCUCAUCGACUGCCCGGUGCCGGUGCAGGGCAACUGCAAAAACAGGGUCCAGCUGCCGGCCUUCUGAUUAAGUUGAAUUCUAGUUCAGAGUUUUAUCCAUUUACCUUACCACCCUCUUAUUCGCAAAAAAAAAAUUUACCUUACCACCCUCUAAUCCAAACACCUCUUUUGUGUUUGUUAUUGGUUCAGUUUUUCUUUUUCUUUUGGGGAGUGUUAUUGGUUCAGUUUAAUCGCAUCCAAUCCUGAGUUCUGGACAUCGAUGAAAGAAAAAAUAAAACAGCCGCACAAAUCUUCGUGUAAAUCAAUGUCAUAUAAU